CGUAGGCUCAUUCACACAGUGCACAAGUAUAUUGAGCAAGCAUGGAUGAGCUGGGUGAGUAUUCUUUCCUCUGCUGCUGUUUUAAAUAUUAAAUAUAAAACAAAAUACAAUAGAUAAAACUAUGAGGGAAUACACAUUGAUAGGUUUGAGCACAAAUAAGAUGCAAAAGUUAUGAAGUUGCUCAGGAGGUUUACAUGAAAAAUGUUGUGGUGUGUGGUGAAUGAAGCUUGCCUUGCAUUACAUUGGGCACGCUGAUCAUAUCAUGUGUCUUAUCAUAUCUAUUUAAAUUGUAUUCUUGUUAAUAUGAUUGUCAAUGUAAAUUCACAGUGAAUCACAGAAGGUUCUCUCCGUUAAGAGACAGAUGGAUUCUUGAUGUUGUUGACGGAAGUCACUGAUAUAAUUCCGUUCCACUACCAACCACAUUUUGAGAAUUAUUAAUAGAAGUGUUUGUUUUUAGUUAUUUUUUAUGGAUUUGCGCUCCACCAGUGUAGUUAUGAUUUACUUAUGAAGAACUUAUGAUAAAAUGUAUUUUAAAAUUAACACAAGUACUUAGUAGUUAUAUGUAACGUUCACUUUCAUACUGUCAGUCAUAGAGGGUUGCAUCAGUGUCAGAAGUUUCACUUCUGGUGUGAGGAUCUUGUCUGUAACUAUAGCAUAUCUUCUACCACUUCCUCAGGAAGCAGCACUGUAUGCAGCAACCACAGCAGAUCAAUUGGUGCACCUUGCAAUAUGCAAGAGGUGACUGUAAUGAGGCACUGUAACUUACCUCAGUGGAAAUCUGUUAGAAAUGCCUUUUCUGAAUUAUAGUACCUACAGUACCAUAUCAUAUAAACUCAGCAAAAAAAGAAACUCUCACUGUCAACUGCGUUUAUUUUCAGCAAACUUAACAUGUGUAAAUAUUUGUAUGAACAUAACAAGAUUCAACAACUGAGACAUAAACGGAAAAAGUUCCACAGACAUGUGACUAACAGAAAUGGAAUAAUGUGUCCCUGAACAACGGGGGGUCAAAAUCAAAAGUAACAGUCAGUAUCUGGUAAUGCAGUGCAUCUCCUCCUCAUGGACUGCACCAUAUUUGCCAGUUCUUGCUGUGAGAUGUUACCCCACUCUUCCACCAAGGCACCUGCAAGUUCCCAGACAUUUCUGGGAGGAAUGGCCCUAGCCCUCACCCUCCGAUCCAACAGGUCCCAGACGUGCUCAAUGGGAUCGAGAUCCGGGCUCUUCGCUGGCCAUGGCUGAACACUGACAUUCCUGUAUUGCAGGAAAUCAUGCACAGAACGAGCAGUAUGGCAUUGUCAUGCUGGAGGGUCAUGUCAGGAUGAGCCUGCAGGAAGGGUACCACAUGAGGGAGGAGGAUGUCUUCCCUGUAACGCCCAGCAUUGAGAUUACCUGCAAUGACAACAAGCUCAGUCCGAUGAUGCUGUGACACACUGCCCCAGACCAUGACGGACCCUCCACCUCGAUCCCACUCCAGAGUACAAGCCUUGGUGUAACGCUCAUUCCUUCGACGAUAAACGCGAAUCCGACCAUCACCCCUGGUGAGACAAAAUCGCGACUCGUCAGUGAAGAGUACUUUUUGCCAGUCCUGUCUGGUCUAGCGACGGUGGGUUUGUGCCCAUAGGCGACGUUGUUGCCGGUGAUGUCUGGUGAGGACCUGCCUUACAACAGGCCUACAAGCCCUCAGUCCAGCCUCUCAGCCUAUUGCGGACAGUCUGAGCACUGAUGGAGGGAUUGUGUGUUCCUGGUGUAACUCCGGCAGUUGUUGUUGCCAUCCUGUACCUGUCCCGCAGGUGUGAUGUUCGGAUGUACCGAUCCUGUGCAGGUGUUGUUACACGUGAUCUGCCACUGCGAGGACGAUCAGCUGUCCGUCCUGUCUCCCUGUAGCGCUAUCUUAGGCGUUUCACAGGACGGACAUUGCAAUUUAUUGCCCUGGCCACACCUGCAGUCCUCAUGCCUCCUUGCAGCAUGCCUAAGGCACGUUCACGCAGAUGAGCAGGGACCCUGGGCAUCUUUCUUUUUGUGUUUUUCAGAGUCAGUAGAAAGGCCUCUUUAGUGUCCUAAGUUUUCAUAACUGUGACCUUAAUUGCCUACCGUCUGUAAGCUGUUAGUGUCUUAACGACCGUUCCACCGGUGCAUGUUCAUUAAUUGUUUAUGGUUCAUUGAACAAGCAUGGGAAACAGUGUUUAAACCCUUUACAAUGAAGAUCUGUGAAGUUAUUUGGAUUUUCACAAAUUAUCUUUGAAAGACAGGGUCCUGAAAAAGGGAUGUUUCUUUUUUUGCUGAGUUUAUAUGUAUGUGUGUGUGUUACAGACCUUAUCCUAGAGGAGUUGGCUUUCAAGUCAGCUGGUCCAGAGUCGGCUCCUCAGAAGAAAGAAAGUGAUACAGCCAACACACAUGGACAGGUAAUGACAAAAUCCCCUCUGGCAGUUGUUGUUUAAUCUUUUGUCCAAUUACUACAACUGGAUGUAUUUUCUAGCCGGAUGUGUUAAGUGGAAUUUCCUGCAGGUCCCAAAGGUGUGUCCUGUUGGUCUCCCUCCAAGGAAAGGAAAGGAGCCAGAUAGCACCAAUGAUACAGAUAGCACCAAUGUAUACAGGUCAGCAACUGGUAUAGCCCAUAGAUAGCCAAACGUUAUGACCCUGGGUGAGACCAUACAGAUAGAGCUGAGACUCAGAUUCAUCAUCACCACAGAUUUAAGUAACUGUCCAGUGUCCACUGUAUACCAGUGCUCAUCUGUGGUUUGCUCUGUGUGUUUGUCAGUGAGUUACCAGCUCCAGUGGAGGCCAGUCUGCUGAGCCCUCGCUCUGCUUCCAGAGAGCUGGACUCCAUAAUGGAUGAAUUGCUGCUUGACCUGGUGAUGGGGGUGAGGAAACAUCUAUCAGUGAAUAAAUACACUGUUGGUCAGAGCAUGAAAAGAGGACGACUGUGCCUUUUAGUGAAGUUGACUUGAUCUGACAGCAGAGGGCAGUAUAAGCAAGCUAAACAAAUAUUGGAAGCUACUACUAGUGCCACCAACAUUAUUUUUAUGUAUAUGAAUGGAUGCAAGUCUGUUUUGUGGACACAUUGAUUUUUCUCAUCUUUAGCUGCCAGACCCUUCCCCUCCCUCAACCCCACCACCACUUGUCCAGAAGUCAGUCAAAAAGAAACAGGUUGGAGAAAAGAAAGAAAUGGAUGACACACAAGUGAAAGAGGAGAGCACAAACAGCCCAAAGACUUCUGAUCUGGAGCACAAGGUGUCAACACAGAGAAAAACGGACACCAUAGAUUUCCUUCUGGGAGGCCUGAGCUCUGAUAUGGAGAAGAUGGGUGUACGCACCACGGCCAAGGGCCACUGUGCUUCUUGUGGAAAAGUCAUUGUGGGAAAGGUAAACAGUUUGAGCUGACAAAAAACGGACAAAAUCCUGCUUUCAAAAUAGGCUAAGAUGAUCAAUUGCCAGUAUAUAAAACAAGCCACUGGGCACACACUGGUUGAAUCAACGUUGUUUCCUCGCCAUUUCAUUGAAAUUAUGUUGAACCAACGUGGAAUAGAUGUUGAAUUGAUGUCUGUGCCAAGUGGGAAUAUAGUAUCACCUUUUCUUUCUAUCAUUCUGCAGAUGAUCACAGCCCUAGGCCAGGUGUGGCACCCAGAACACUUUGCUUGUGUGGUGUGUCAGGCGGAGCUAGGCACCAGUGGCUUCUUCGAGAGGGAGGGGAAGGCCUACUGUGAGAAAGACUACCAGCAUCUCUUUUCACCCCGCUGUGGUUACUGCAAGGGCCCUAUUCUGCAGGUACAACACCUUCUCUUUGGAUUGGACUGUAUCACCAUUAUCUAACGCUGCAUCUGUUAAGCUGUUGUUGGGUUUACCUCACCGCAUGCUGGGCUCUUUGACCUCUCUCUCAGAACAUCCUGACAGCGAUGGACUGCACCUGGCACCCUGAGCACUUCUUCUGUUCCCACUGUGGGGAGCUCUUUGGGCCUGAGGGUGAGAGAGCACACAUCUAUCUACCUGACAUAUAGCACCACAACCACUACUGUUCCCUACAGAGUAACAUAAGUUAUAGACCACAGUGUGACUGAGAACACUCUCCUCUCUUUGUGUGUGUGUCCUUUGCUGUGCCAUAGGUUUUCUGGAGAAGGACGGGAAGCCGUACUGCCACAGAGACUUUUACCAUCUCUUUGCUCCAAAGUGCUCUGGCUGCGGAGAGCCUGUGAGAGAGAACUACCUGACUGCAGCCAACGGCACCUGGCAUCCCAACUGCUUUGUCUGCUCAGUGAGUCUCUCACCACAGAUCACACACAUGGCUUCGGCUUAGAAACUUCUACCAUUACUCAAACAAUACGCUUUGAACAGCCAACAGUCACAAUACGUCAUUGUCCUGACAUUACCCAUUUACCAUAAUCCUCCUCAAUCUCCAAAAAAAGAGUAGGCCUACUAUAUCAACUAGAUAGAAUAAGUGUUCUCUCUCUCUUUCUCCUUCUCUCUAUCGCUCUCUAACCAGGACUGUCUGAAGCCCUUCACCGAUGGUUGUUUCCUGGAGCUGGAUGGUCGUCCCCUGUGCUCUCUACACUUCCACUCCCGCCAGGGUACACUGUGUGGGGGCUGUAGAGAGCCCAUCUCUGGGCGCUGCAUCUCGGCUAUGGAGCGCAAGUUCCACCCUGAGCACUUUGUGUGUGCUUUCUGUCUGAGGAAACUCAGUCAGGGAGUGUUCAAGGAGCAGGCAGGGAAACCCUACUGCUCAGCCUGCCACACCAAACUGUUUGUGUGAGACUUAUACUGUAAUAAUAAUACGCGGUUAAUACAUAAGGUAAUCAAUUAACCUGAAUUAAAGUCCUACUUACAAAGUAUGUGGAAAAUCCCACACAAAUCAUCAAGGCAAUAUCUGCAUAGGAAUCUAAAAAUAAACUAUUAAUUUAAUCAGUUGGUAGAGCAUGGCGUUUG